AUGGCAGCUGAAGAUUUAAAGGAACAAGGAGCUCUCAUUCUAUAAGCAGGUCAAAUAAUAAAGAAACUUAUUAAAAAGAUUAAGAUAUUCAAAAUAAAGAAAGCACUCAAAUGGAGAGAAUAAAUCUACCUCGAAGAAUCGUAACAGUAAUAGGAAGAAAAGUGA